CACUGUGUGAUAAAGCCGCUGCCCCUGGAACCGGAGGCAGGAGGACCGACUUCACAGAGAGACAUUAAAACAUAAAACCAUACACUGAAGCUACUCGGGUUUACAAACUUAACGCAGUCUUCUUGUGUGAGAAGGGCUCGUGAAACUCACUCGCUCGCCCUUUAAAUUAUCCUCGUGUUGUCGUUGUCUUUUGUGUUUUAUAGAGUUUCAUCAGCUGCAAGACUGUAAGUUAACGGUAAGUUAGGCUGUCGGUGACGUCACAAAGUGGGCUUAACCCUAAGUGCACUUUUUUUUAUUAUUUUUUAUUUUUCAACCGGAAGAGAGUCUCAACCGUUACUCCUAAAACAGGAGCAGAGAAAGCCGAGCAGCAAACGACGCGACAGUGAGAGCGGAGAAGUGAAAACCAGCCUGAGAGUGCCGUGUCAUGGGGAAACAGAACAGCAAGCUGCGGCCCGAGGUCCUGAACGACCUGAGAGAAAACACAGAGUUCACCGACCACGAGCUGCAGGAGUGGUAUCGCGGCUUCCUCAAGGACUGUCCCACCGGCCACCUGACUGUGGAGGAGUUCAAGAAGAUCUAUGCCAACUUCUUCCCCUACGGAGACGCCUCUAAGUUCGCCGAGCAUGUCUUCCGCACGUUUGACACCAACGGCGACGCCACCAUCGACUUCAGGGAGUUCAUCAUCGCCCUGAGUGUGACGUCUCGUGGCGGGUUGGAGCAGAAGCUGCGCUGGGCCUUCAGCAUGUACGACCUGGACGGGAACGGGUACAUCAGCCGGGCAGAGAUGCUGGAGAUAGUUCAGGCAAUUUACAAGAUGGUAUCAUCAGUGAUGAAGAUGCCUGAGGACGAAUCAACACCAGAAAAAAGGACAGAUAAGAUUUUCAGACAGAUGGACAUUGACAACGAUGGUAGAUUGUCUUUGGAGGAGUUCAUUAAAGGUGCCAAGAGCGACCCAUCCAUUGUCAGACUGCUGCAGUCGGAUCAGGGAGCCUCUCGUCAGUUCUGAGCACAGAGACAAUGACGGACACACUCUUAAAACGCAAUCGCAAACCCACAUCCAUCCAGCUUUAUGCUGUUCACCUGAUAAAGGCUUGGCCGUCUUCACACCCCCCGUCAACAGACAAUCCUUUCAUUUUAAUGACACUCCAUGUCUUAAUGUUUACAUUCAUGGAUACUUUUCAAUCUGGCUCCUUUUCUGUGGACUAUGAUGUGCUUUCAGUUAAAGUAUUCUGCGUAUUAGCUUUUCCAAAGCUCUCCUGCCUUGAAAUGGUGUUUUCUGUAAGUGAAGUGCCAUAUCAUAUAUUUAUACAGACUGGAUUAUGUGCUCGCAAGUAUUAUGGCCCCAUUAUGUUACACUAAGAGGAAACUAAUUACAUCACUUCAUAUAAUUUGAUUGGACUUAGCUGUGCUGAAAAGUGGCUUAUCGUUGUUCAGUAUGUCAACUGUAGCUUAACAAGUUACUGUUCUGAACAAGUUCUAUAUGCCUUGGUAUUGCAUGCGCUCGGUGAUAUGCGUUUUCUGAUAUUGUAACAGUUUAUGUGAAUAAGGAGGCUGUGAUUGUUUUUAUUCCUUUUUAUUUUUGUAACAAAAAUGUAAUUUUGUUUUCACACAAUUGAAAUAAAGUCGUGUAAGAAAAAUCUACACAAGAAGUCCCACAGUAUUCCCUUGUCCUGGACAGACAUGAUGUAACCCCACCAAGAUUCACACUGGUUUAAAAAGAGAGAGAAAAAAAA